CCUAAUGACGUUACAAGGGUGGUCGACGGGGUCGGACCAAUCAUUGGCUCGAGCCCUCGAGGCAACUUUCCAAUCAUCAAAACAGCCUUUAAAAAAACUGUCAACACACAGAACCUCUCGAAAUCAGAGAUCUCUGUCGAAAUGCUCCACAAGAAACACUGAAAAGCCCAGAAAGUAAUCGAUCAUGAGCCCCAAGAGUGAACAUUAUUGAUAGCUUAUCAAGAGUGAAGUGUUUAAAUCCUCUAAAAAAAUAAAAUCCAGUGUUUUCAAGUGUCUAAAGGGUUCUGAAGCCUCCAAACGCAAUCAUAACCUCAAAAAAUCCUGGAAUUCGAUGAAUUCCUCGAGAAAAUAUUUCUACCUCUUCAAUUUCAUAAAAAAUAAAUCUCCUGACUAUUUAAUUAAUUGACUCAGGUGCAUCCCCUCAUCCUCAAGAAAUGAAACAAAAAAUUUCAAUUUUCAAUUUUUGAGAAAUAAAAGUCGAGUAUUUUGCCCCUUGACCAGAUUUUUUUUCAUCAACAAUUCAGUAAUAAAUUCCUGGAGAGUGGACUUUAUAAAGUAAUCAAUGAUGAGCCCCAAAAGCGAACAUUAUCGAUAGCCUAUCAAGAGUGAAGUGUUUAAAUCCUCUAAAAAAAUAAAAUCCAGUGUUUUCAAGUGUCUAAGGUCUCCAAACGCAAUCAUAACCUCAAAAAAAUCCUGGAAUUCGAUUAAUUCGUCGAGGAAAUUUCUACCUCUUCAAUUUCAUAAAAAAUAAAUCUCCUGACUAUUUAAUUAAUUGACUCACGUGCAUCCCCUCAUCCUCAAGAAAUGAAACAAAAAAUUUCAAUUUUCAAUUUUUGAGAAAUAAAAGUCCUGAGUAUUUUGCCCUCUGACGAGCUCUCCUUCAUCUCCAAGACAAUUUUUUUUCAUCAACAAUUCAGUAAUAAAUUCCUGCAGAAUGGACCUUCUGUACACGAUAAACCGGAAGUCCUCGUCGAGGUUCUUCCCCUCGAACGAGACUCUCCUGGAGGGUCACUGCCUCUGCUCCCUCUCCUCCAGGAACAUCGCAGCCUUCACGACAACAGUUCUGUUCGACGACCCCGUGGGCAAGACCUGGGGCUCCCACGUUUACGUGUGCGACCUGAACAUGCCCUGGAACCCCCACAAGGUCACGUCGAACCGAUCGUCUCCGAUAACAGCUCUGGAGUGGGAUUUACCUGGGGACAAGCUGGUGGUGGCUGAUCGUUCUGGUACGGUUCAGCUCUGGAUGUUCAAGGAUCACAUUCUGAAUGAGUGGAGUCUCCUGGGGUCCACCACCUUCCCCGGGGAGCACAUUCUGGGGGCUGCUUGGUUCCACAAUGGAAAGAAGACUGCGUUAGUCACUGAUAAGAAAGAUAGCAUUCAUUAUUCUGAUAAAUUCACGAAUUUGCUGUUCGCACCCUCGGUGAGGCAGUUCGGGGGGACAGCUGCUGAAGGGGUGCUGGUGGUGUCUUCUACAGGAAUGAUCGGUGCGAUCCUCAUCACCCGCGACAUCACCUCCCCAAUCUGCAUAGCGACCGAGAGUCUCUCCUCUAUCCGCCAGAGGAUCUCCUCGGUGGAUCUCUGCUACGGGAAGAACGGCCACUUCCUAGUGGCCGUCUCCAGUGGCACCACAGCCUUUCCCAUCCGUUGCUACCGAGUCCUCGUCACCAAGAAGGACGACAAGUGUUCGAUCAAAUCCCUCGCCCUCCCCAGCUUCUUCCUCCAGGACGGUCAACUCCGGGAGAACUGUACGGACAUCACUCACCUGAAGUUCGUGGUCCGAGAGGACGCGGAUUCCCUCGUGGUCGCGGCUUCCGGCGAGGGCGAGGGGUUCGUAGACGUCUGGGAACUCCGGGAGAAGACCCAGCCCGUCCACAAGCUCUUCCAGUUGAAGUCCUCCGAGCCUUUUAAGACUGUCGUUUGGCAGCAUCAGUCCCAGUACAGGUGUCCUGCGGCUGUCACUGCCAUCGGCACCACCAAGGUCUCCCUCGUGACGACCCUGCCACCACCUAGUUUUGUCAUCGUCACCCUAGCUGACUCCUCGGUUCAUUGUCUCAGCAGAGAGGGUCUCAAGGAAAUCAACUCCUCGUCGUUGUCCAGGGGGUGGGGGCAUGGGGAGCCUGCGGCCAAGUACUCGAAAGGAUCCGUCACCAUUUCCCACGUCGACCUAUCCUGGUUAGGCUUCGUCAUGAUGGCAGUGGACACCCAGGGUAAUUUCUACGUCUACAAGCUCCUCCCAGACGGAGGCAGCCAAAUAACCCUCAACUACGCCUGCACCAUGUUGGAGUACUGUUUGGUGACCGGUCUGGACUGGUUGGACCUCCUCUUUUGCAUGAGGACCUCGAUGAUCGAGACCUUGUGCGAGAGGCUCGAUGCAUCCUACAACAGACAGAGUCCAGCCACUCAGCAGUACCACUACAUUCAGUUCCUCUGCAUAAAGACGUCGUUGUACAGAAUGCUGGGGAAUGGCCAGGGCAGGGCUGCUGAUCUCAGUGCCCUGUUGAUGAUCCACUCAGUGGCUACUGCCUUCAAAGGACUGCUCAGACCCAGCGACCUCAUCAGCCAUGACAAAGGACCCGCUGAGAGCCUCAGUGCUGUCAUCAGCGACGUCAAUCUCAGUGUCACUGAUGUUGAUAAAGUGCUGUUGCAUCUCGAUCCUAAAGAGUUUACGGUGGAGCCGAGCACCUUGCAGAGUCUUCAUCAGCUGAUCCAGUGGGUUGCUGAUCUCGCGUUGAAUCUCCUGGCGAGACUUCCUGAACAGAGGAUGCAGAUGAAGCCCGGAGGAUAUGAACUCCUGAAGGAUCACAAGGCCCUGAACAUUGUCAGGGAACUGCUGGUCAUCAUCAGGAUCUGGGGGCUUUUGAGACCUACGUGUCUUCCUGCUUUUCAGAGGACUGUUGAUAAUGUUGAUGUUCUGGCGCUUCUUUUUCGGCUGCUGUCGAAAUUGGUGCAGGGGAAUGGGGAUGCUGGGCAGCAGAUUGAUGAUGGACUCAUUGAUGAUUGCUGUUUAUUACCGAAUCAGAUAAUAAUUCCACAAUUGCAUCAGGCGAAUGGAUUCACAGCUAUUGCAACGCCUAUUCUCCACUGGCAGAAUCUCCCACUGCAGUUUGAAUACGGAAUAACUCCUGAUCAAUUAUUUUUCAUUCCUGAGUUGAAUCCCGUCGAGGGGUGCAUGCACUCCAGCCAGGUUGUUGAUAAGAUCAGACAUAUUUACCUUGGGAAGGAUCCAUCGACAUUCAAACAAUGCACGAGGUGUGGGGGGAAAGCUCAGGUUCAGAAUAUGACGAGAACAGCAGCGAUAAGAGCCUGGGACCAACGUUGGACUCGUACCUGCAGAUGUGGUGGCAUCUGGAGAAUAGCAAAAGCCAUUUCCUGAGAUUCAAGCAAACUUCAACGAUCCAUUCUGUGAUGAGACAAUAUUUCGUAACAUUUUAUAUUCUGCUGAUUGAGUGAACAAGAGGGGAACCGUUAUUUCGCACGAGAAACCCCAGAAAUUUCCAUUUUUAUAUGGAAACAAGACAACAAAACCCUAGAAUUUUUUAAUUACACUCAAGACCAAUCGUAAAUCCUCGAUACCUCCUGCAAUAAUGAUCGGAUUCUCCUGAGUAAUGUCUCAUUUUGAAGCCUAGGGAAUGCUCUUCGAGAUCCGCCAGGCGUUUUUCAAUUCGACUCUACCAAUUUGAUGAAAGUCCAAUUUUGAAGUUAGGUUGUCUAAACAGAAUUAUACCAUCUUUAUUGUAAAUAGUAUUUUUAUGAUUAAUUAAGGAUUGAUUUCUUUUUUGAUUAUGUGAAUGUCUUUGAGUAGACGAAUAUUAUAAAUUUAUUAUUUAAGGAUUGAUGUUGGAAUUUAUCGGGAAUAAAUUAGGAGAGAAAUGCUGGACUUUUUAAAUAA